CAGUCGCUUAGAAAACGGCGCGAACGCGUAAAUAUCUUUCCAAUAUAAAGUUCAGUGGAAAUUACAAUAAAGAUGUCUGAAAGCAAUGGUACGGUUGUGCGUAUGCCAUGGGUUGAAAAAUACCGUCCCAACUGCUUGGAUGACUUGAUAUCCCAUGAGGAAAUAAUAUCCACUAUAAAUCGUUUCAUUAAUCAGAAGCAGCUGCCGCACUUGCUCUUUUAUGGGCCACCUGGCACGGGCAAGACGAGUACUAUCCUUGCCUGUGCACGUCAGCUUUAUUCGCCGGCACACUUCAAGUCUAUGGUAUUGGAGUUAAAUGCUUCCGAUGAUCGUGGCAUUGGAAUCGUUCGCGGCCAGAUACUUAACUUUGCCUCGACACGCACCAUUUUUUGUGGCACUUUUAAGCUAAUCAUUCUGGAUGAGGCAGAUGCUAUGACCAACGACGCGCAGAAUGCACUGCGCCGCAUCAUUGAAAAGUACACGGAAAACGUUCGCUUUUGCGUCAUUUGCAAUUACCUGAGCAAAAUAAUACCGGCUCUACAAUCGCGUUGCACACGCUUUCGCUUUGCACCGCUCUCGCCCGAGCAGAUGCUGCCGCGUCUUGACAAGGUUAUACAGGAAGAAAAGGUCAACGUUACGGAUGAUGGCAAGAACGCAUUACUAACGCUAGCCAAAGGUGAUAUGCGAAAAGUGUUAAAUGUGCUGCAGAGUACCUCAAUGGCUUUUGAUAUAGUCAACGAGGAUAAUGUUUAUAUGUGUGUGGGUUAUCCGCUAAGAAGUGAAAUUGAACACAUGCUGCAAACAUUGCUCUCGGCAGCAACCUUUGAUUCGGCAUUUGAUACUAUUGAGGAAGCCAAGAGUAAGCGCGGACUUGCCCUGGAGGACAUUGUCACUGAACUGCAUUUGUUCAUUAUGAGACUUGAAUUGCCCAUGUCGGUAAUGAAUAAAUUAAUUGUGAAGAUGGCACAGGUCGAGGAAAGAUUAGCAAAAGGAUGCACUGAGACUGCCCAAACUGCAGCGCUGGUCUCUGCUUUUUUUAUAAGUCGUGACAUGGUUUCGCUGGAGAGCUAGAGGGCUGGUGAAUUUGUUUGUCAUUAUAUAUGUAAAUUAAACUUAAGCUACCUAUUAAAUGAAAAUGCAUGGAGUAAGCCGA